AUGUCAUUUUUAUAUAGAAUAAAGAAGUACAGCUGUUUACUAACAAAAGAAGAUGAUGGCGGUUAUAAGGAGCUUGCCAUAUCAAACCAGACCGGAUGUACAGGAGUUCAACAUGCGUACAUUAUACAUAGCGCAGCAUCUUACAGAGACAAUUUGUUCCAGGAUGUAAUCAUACCAGACACAAAUCCGGCGGAGCUGAAAGCUGCAGCAUUUUCCGUCAGUGGACUGUACAAAGAAAUCCAGUCACAGACAGAUGCUAAUGAAAAUGUUUUGGUUGAUGUUGAAAAGGAAUGUAGGAACGGAAUAAUAACAUAUAAAACUGACCAAGCUGUUGCUGACCAUUACUCAGUUACAAGGCAUUUUGCUGCGGCUGUUUGUGGUCUACCUGAUAAUUACGACAAGAAGGCUUACACCGACUUCCUUGCACACUGGGGAACGCAUGUUAUUACUGAAGUGUAUACUGGCAAAAAAGAAAUAAAGAGGUAUCAAAUGGCCAAAAGCGAUAUCUUCAGUCUUGUUUCAGACACGGAUCCACAUCUUAUCAAGGAAGCUGGCCCUUACAAAACUUCAGGUGCUUCUGUCACCCUCAAUACAACUGCAUUUUACGGAAGUCAUGCCGCAUCUUCAAUUUCUGGAAACGCUCUUAAUACUAUUAACAUCGGGUCCGAUGUACACACGGAUGUCAUUGGCUUGCAGUUGACUCCAAUAUCAGAGGCAUUCUCAGCCAAAUACUGGAAG